CCAUGAUCCAUCUAUCUGUAUAUAUACGGAUGUGUCUUGCUUGAUUCAUCCAUUAGAUACAUCGAUCCCAUGCAUCCAUGCAUUUUGUUCUCAAGGAGAUGAUAGCUAGAUUGAUCGAGUUAGCAAGAGAUCUAUAGCUAGCUGAUUAAAAUUGGUGCAAAGCUAAGGUACGUCUGCCAUGGCCGGCGGCGGCGGGGUGACGGUGGUGGGGCGGGCGGAGAUCGACACGAGGGCGCCGUUCCGGUCGGUGAAGGAGGCCGUCGCCCUCUUCGGCGAGAAGGUGCUCGCCGGGGAGCUCCACGCCGGAGCCGGACGCCGGCUCGUCGGCGCAACAUACGACCAGCAGCAGCAGCAGCAGCAGCAACAGGUAUAUCCUUGGAAUUAUAUGGUUAUAUUUGCCUCUGAAAACGUUUUCAUUUCCCAACAGAAUCGUGCUGCCGCAACUCCGCCGGCAAUACGCCACGUGCCGGUGACGGCGGAUCAGCUGGAGGAGGCGAAGCAUGAGCUGGAGAAGGAGCGGUCGGAGAGGCAGAAGAUGGCCGGCUGCAUCCUCUCCCUGCAGGAGGAGCUCAGCAACGCCAUGCGGGAGCUGAAGAAGCUCAAGGCGCGCGACGACGACGACGGCGAGGGGGCGGCCGCCAAGGUCAUCGACCUGCAGGUGGAGGACCUGAAGUUCAUCGAGAUCGACAGCAAGCCGCAGCAGCAGAGCCAACAGCCGCCGCCGUCGACGGUCACGGCGGCGGCGGGGAGCGCGUCCCCGGUCGAGUUCCAGAAGAGGAGGUACGUGACGUUCGCCGACCCGCCGACGGCACCGGCGUCGUACCGCGCGCCGCCGCCGGACGUGGUGGUGAUGGAGUCGCACAGCUCGUCGCACCAUCAUCGUCGCAACGCCGCCCCGGCGACGGCGCCGCAGUACCGCGAGGUGCGGUGGUUGCAGAGGCAGAUGUCGGCCGGGCACGAGGCGGUGAAGGCUGUGGCGGCGGAGCAGGAGGCGAUGACGAAGAAGAAGAAGAAGAAGCCGCUGAUGCCGCUGGUUGGCGCGCUCUUCAUGAGGAAGAAGAAGAGCAGCAGCAGCUGCUGCCAUGACGACUCGGCGCUCAACUCGCGCGCCGCUUUUGAUGGAUGAUGGCAGCCAUUUUAUGUGUACGGCAUACAUCAAUACAUGCGCAUAUAUGCAUAUAAACUUUUUACAAGGUAUACUGAGGUAUUAGAAUUAUAUACUAAAAUUUUUAAUUUUUUAAUGCCUCAGUGUAUUUAUCAAGGAUGAUAAAAAAGACCCUAUACAUAUACAUGUAAUUGAGCGAGUGUAAUUACAUAUGUACGAAAAGUGUAGUAGUUUGUUCAGGCUUG